CCUUUCUAAAUUUUGGUUAUGUUAUUGUCAUAUAUGAACCAGGAAUAUCUAUUUCAAAAUAAAAAAUAUUUAUUACGCAUAUACGUACUAAAAUGAGUAGUAUACCAUUAUUUCCAAAUCUUAAACCAAGAUUAAUUCACGCUUCUUGGUUUGACGUAGAUCAACCCUGCGAUGAUGAAGAUGAAGUUUCUCAAUUAGAAAGAGAUCAUCAAAACUGGUUACAGAUGAUAAGGCAGAAGAAUGAUGAUUUAACACCUAUUGGAAAAACUGCAUCAGAAACUAUGGAGGAAGAUGAAGAAGAGGAUGAUGAAGAUGAUAAUGAUGAUGAUGAUGAAUCUGAAACCCACGAUGAAGAAGAAGAGGAUGAAAUUGAAAUGGAUGUUUCACAAGAGCGGAGUUCACCAGUAGAUGUUAGUAUAAGACUCGUUCAAGGACACGGUGUACGAUAAAUUUUUAUACACUUUUUACUCUUCAAUUGCUUCUUGUUUUAUGAGUUCUAAAUGCUCCAUUCCAGAAAUAAUGUGUCUCUAUUAAUAUUCUGUUUUUAUAAACUUACUUAAUUACAAGUUGGUGUUUGAAAAA